GGUGGGGGUGGGGGUCUACGUCAGCCGCGGGAAAUCCCCUCUACUAGCUGCCCGCCCCUCGGCCUGGCCGGCCUGGGGCUCUGGCGGCGCUCCGCCCCCUACCCCUGGCUAUCUCGCCUAGGAAGGGCGACUCUGGGUGAUCGCAACGCGAGAAUUAAGGGGGUGGGAAGGUGUGAGCCGCAAACUCCUAGGAGGGCGGGAAGGAGGAGGAGGCCCCGGGGGGUGGUCAGGGGAACAGGGGGUCCGGUCGGCAGAGUCCGUCGGCCGCCGGACCGACGCGGGCUGAUCGCGGAGGUCUCGGGUCUGGACGCUUGGAGCGGGCGGCGCGGUGAGCGGAGCCAUGGCCUCCGGUGGGUAUAACCCAUGUAUAGAGAUAAUUGAACAGCCCAGGCAGAGGGGAAUGCGUUUUAGAUACAAAUGUGAAGGGCGGUCAGCAGGCAGCAUUCCAGGGGAGCACAGCACAGACAACAACCGAACAUACCCAUCUAUCCAGAUUAUGAACUAUUAUGGAAAGGGAAAAGUGAGAAUUACAUUAGUAACAAAGAACGACCCAUAUAAACCUCAUCCUCAUGAUUUAGUAGGAAAAGACUGCCGAGAUGGCUACUAUGAAGCAGAGUUUGGACAAGAACGCAGACCCUUGUUUUUUCAAAAUUUGGGUAUUCGAUGUGUAAAGAAAAAAGAAGUAAAAGAAGCUAUUAUAUCAAGAAUAAGGGCAGGAAUCAAUCCUUUCAAUGUUCCUGAACAACAGCUGCUUGAUAUUGAAGAUUGCGACCUCAAUGUGGUGAGAUUAUGUUUUCAAGUUUUCCUCCCUGAUGAACAUGGUAAUUUGACAACCGCUCUACCUCCUGUUGUCUCUAACCCAAUUUAUGACAACCGUGCUCCAAAUACUGCAGAAUUAAGGAUUUGUCGUGUAAACAAGAACUGUGGAAGUGUCAGAGGAGGAGAUGAAAUAUUUCUACUAUGUGAUAAAGUUCAGAAAGAUGACAUAGAAGUUCGGUUUGUGUUGAACGAUUGGGAAGCAAAAGGUAUCUUUUCACAAGCUGAUGUACACCGUCAAGUAGCCAUUGUUUUUAAGACUCCACCAUAUUGCAGAGCUAUAACAGAACCAGUAACAGUAAAAAUGCAGCUGCGGAGACCUUCUGACCAGGAAGUUAGUGAAUCCAUGGAUUUUAGAUAUCUGCCAGACGAAAAAGAUACUUAUGGCAAUAAAGCAAAGAAACAAAAAACAACUCUACUUUUCCAGAAACUGUGGCAAGAUUGUGUUAAUUUUCCUGAAAGACCUAGACCUGGUCUAGGAUCAACUGGAGAAGGACGAUUCAUCAAAAAAGAAUCCAACUUUUCUCAUGGUGCAGUUUUGACAGAUAUGUCCAGGACCUCAGGCAUUUCAAGCCAAGCAGACUCCUACUAUUCCUCGUCUGUGUCCAUCUCGAGUGCGUUGUCACAUCAUACUUCAGCCAUACCUGCAAUGGUAUCUCAGCCUUCAAGCUGGUCUUCAGGGGCCCACCCCACCUCACGCUCAGUCAACACAAAUCCACUGAGUAGUUUUUCAACGGGGACACUUUCCUCUAAUUCACAAGGUGUCUCACCAUAUCUGGAAAUACCUCUUGUGAGUGAUUUGAAUGCCUCUAAUGCUUGCAUUUAUAACAAUGCUAAUGACAUAGGCAGAAUGGAAGCAUCAUCCAUGUCAUCAGCUGAUUUAUAUGGUAUUUCUGAUGCCAACAUGCUACCGAAUUGCCCUGUGAAUAUGAAUGACAGCAUGAGGGAGUCUGAUAAUCCAAGACUUGUGAGCAUGAAUCUUGAAAACCACUCAUGUAAUUCAGUGUUAGACCCGAGAGACUUGAGACAGCUCCAUCAGAUGUCCUCUUCCAGUCUGUCAGCAGGCGCCAGUUCCAGUACUACGGCUUUUGUUGCACAGUCCGAGGCAUUUGAGGGAUCUGAUUUCAAUUGUACAGAUAACAGUAUGAUGAAUGAGUCAGGGCCAUCAAACGGUACUAAUCCAAACAGUCAUGGCUUUGUUCAUAGUCAGUAUUCGGGUAUUGGCACUAUGCAGAGUGAGCAAUUGAGCGACUCAUUCGCGUUUGAAUAUUUUUAAGGUAACUUGUGCGAUUUAAAUGGUUACUCAAGAUUUAAAUCCUUUGACAUGUUUGUAACCAUUUUUAUGUUACCUAUAUAGAUACAGUAUUUUAUAUUUCUCUGAGACUAUAACAUAGGGUUUUGUUUUGUUUUGUUUUUCAUUUAAAAGAUGACAGUUCAAAACUUCUUUAUCAGAGAGAAGUAUAAAACUUUGGGGAUGUAGGGCCUUCCUCUAACAGGCAGGCGAUCUUGGCUCUGGAGCUCCUUGUUUAGCUGGCAGAGAAUUUGUCAGGAUAUAAUGAAAGAUGAAUCUUCAGUGCUGAAGCUACAGCUUGAAAGAGAGGGAUGAAAUCAUUUCCUAACUUCAGGAAGAGGAGGAAAAAUUCCAGCAUUUACAGAAGACUUUUGCUUCAAAGAGUAGAUAAAUCUACACAGACUGAACUUCUAGGCUAGGAUGCCCUAUAGAGUCUGACAUCCAAUGAAGGUUUAUUAAACUAGCACAUACUUCAGCUUAGGCUAAAUCAUUAUUUGACAUAAGUGUAUCAAGUACAUGUUAAAUAUUGAAUAAAACCAAUUUUCCCGUUAACCCCCCCCCCCACACACACACACACAACUUUGGGUAUAUUGAAUAUAAAGCUAGAAAGUACCAUAAAAGGACAAUUCUGAAAUGGAAAUUUAAAAGGGCCUUACUGUUUCUUCUUUUGAAACAUGUGACCUGAUGCUGUGUGUGGUGCGAAUUGUGUCUUUAGAGUCCUAUCCCAUUUCCCCAUGACAGAAUGAGAAGGUGAGAGAGAGCAAGGCUCUAGUUUUUCCAAAUAUACUUUUUUAUACUUCUUUUAUAUUGUAUUAAUGUAUUCUUAGGUAAAUGAAUUAACUGAUAUUUGCUUUUAAGCAAAUUUAAGGUGAAACCUGUAAUGACUAUGUCAUUGGAAAAAUGAAUUACUUAUUAUUUUUGAGACCCAUGGGCCAAGGUGACCCCUAAGGGGUUUUCUGGAGUUUCUUAGAUUUUUUUUUUUUUUUUUUUUUUUUUUAGAGAGAGUGAGUAUGAGCUGAGGGAAGGGGCAGAA